CGUUUUCUUCUUCUCUUCAGUUUUCUGUCUUUCUAUUCUUAGGAUUCAAUUGUCAUCCGAGACAACAGCGCUGGUCCUCUCUCUCUCUCUCUCUCUCUCUCUCUCUCUCUCUUACACUCUUUUACUCUCUGUCUUACUCUCUCUUACUCUCUUACUCUCUUUUACUCUCUCUUACUCUCACUUACUCUCUCUCUCUCUCUCUUACUCUCUCUUACUCUCUCUCUCUCUCUGUGUGAUCUAUCAUCUCUCUCUCAUCGUAUAUUCCUUCGUUACCUCCUCACAUCUGAUUCCCUUUCUCCUGCUGUUCCGGAUUCUUGGUGAGAUCGCGUCUCAGCAUGCUGACUCUUCACCCUCUGAUCAUUUCUCCCAUUUUUGAUUCUGCUACCCGACCUCCGUCCAUUAAUUGAUCCGCUCCAUCCCACUCGUUAUCCCCCGGAGCUCCGGCUUUUCACCUACCUCGUUAUGGCGACCAGCCGCGUCACCCCGCCUCAUCGGCCCAUACAGCCCUCGCCCUCUGCCACUUCGCAACCUCUUGGUUCGGAUCGGCUGGCCGUUCCGAAUUAUCAUACCAUCGAUCCUCUCCUCGGUAAUUUGUCGCCAGAGUCCACGCUGCAGGCCCUUUCGUCAACCAAUCUGGUCCCCAAGAAUGAACAGGUGGCGCAUGAUAUCCUGACCAGGAGCAUCUCGCAGGUCUCUCCCGCGGAACGAGCUCUCGGUAUUCGUGCCGCAAUCGCAGCCCAGAAGCUGGGUCUGUGGUACAAGGAAGUUCAGGCGUGGAACUGGCCGAAACGCAACGAUGUUCACCUGGGACAGGGGUUCAUCCCCCCGCCGGAUGAUACCCAACCUGCAUCCUGUGGAAGUCUUCCCAUAUCCGUUGUGGAGGGACAUGAGAAACGCAUCGAAGAGAUUCAGGAAGGGAUGGAUGGCUUAGGUGUGGAAGAAUUAAAGGAACACGUUCUCAAUGCCCACAUUCCAGGCAGGUCUCGGCCCUCAUCCUCGAAUAGCACCAUGUCUAUGCCCCCUCCGCUUAGCUAUGUUCAAUUAAGCGACUUUACCGCCGUCAUUACGGCUACCAUUCUUCGCGCCCUUCCCCUACUAUCCCGCCUCAAUAGCCUACUCUCCACUUGGAAUGUUCGCCUGGUCGUCCUCCGCCAGGUCCCCGGCCUGCUGCAUAGCCUCAAGUUCGCCCGGUCCGAGUUAAAUGCUGCUCUAGAUCUGCUGACGUCAUCGGAUCCGCCGACCGAAACGGAUGCGUUGUAUUCCACUGCAAACUAUCAUGUCAAACGCGCUACCUUGGAGUCCACUGUUGUAUCAGCUGGGAGGCGCAUGGAUCGGAUAUUAGACGCGCUGGAGGGACGCGAGGACUCCCUACCAGAGAGCUGGAUCGACGACUUGGAAGCCAUCGAGUCCGAGUUCGGGACGUGGGUUAUGCAGGCGGAGAAACGUUCUGUGGAGAAUGAAUGGCGCCGCCUGGCAACGAGCUCUACCAUGCACAACCGCAGCGAACAGACACAGCGCGAUCUGACUGAACCUAAGAUCCAAGAGCCCCUCGUUAAUACUCCCCGUCCUGCACUGGUCGAAUCUGUCUCUGAAUCCGCAACCGCCCAAACUGACCUCGCAAUCGUAACUUGCAUCCCUGAACCAGAACCUCAACCCCGACUCACCCCCUUGCAAAUCGGGCGAACUCCAAUGGAAACGAUUGUUGAAGAAACCGGCAGCCCUUGCAGACCCACCCCUCCUACUACUACUUGGGAUCACCAGGCAAUUUCGCCAGUGACACGAGAAAAUCCUCUCCCGGCUCAUCCAACGUCCCCAUCGACAUUGCCGACUGGCGAUUGCGAGGUACAUGAGCCUCUUUUUCACGCAAGUCCGAUUAUCGAUGCGGAUGAAGUCUGCAGUGCCCCUGCCCCUGCAGAAAUGCCACAACCCGACAUCGGUGCUGGAGCGCAUAUUGCUCCAUCCUCUGUUGACGAGUCACCUGUAGAAACAGCUUCACCGCUUCUCGAAAUCCUUCCCGUCAGCAACCCACAGGGCGAGGAGGUGUCUGUGCGUUCCUCGGAGUCGGGUUCGCAGAAACCCCACCUCGAAGAGCUGCCGCCUGGGACUGAGUCCGACAUCAGUUCCGCAGGUCCCUCACAUGAUCCUCCUACCCAAACUGAACCAACAUUGCAGGUGGUUGACGACAUUCCCAGCCCUUCCUUGGCUUCAAAUGCUCAGCCCCAGGUUUCUCCUGCUCAGGAGUUGGAGGCAGACCCCAAAACUCUUGCUCCACGUCUAGUCGAUCCCUCCCCUGAAGCUAGAUGUUUCCCCGAAGAGCCCAUUGCAUCGGUGGAAGAUGCUGGGCUGCCAAAGAUUCGUGAAGAACCGGAGCCUAUCACCGAUGUCGAUGAUCGUCCCCAAUUCGCACCAGUCAAGGAUACAAAUACCAUCCUAGCUAAUGUCGUGCUCGCAAAUGUGACUCCGAAUCCCCCUGCCACGAUAUCGCCGAUCCGGGGCGCAACGUCCCCUGUCCAUCAUCCAGUGACUUCUCUUUUAGAGUCCCCAACCCUUUUCAUUCCUUUUGAUAGUAGCAAAUCGCCGGUGGACAAUCGCCCAGUUGAAGUACCGGAACAACCAAGUCCGGAGAACACUCCAAAGCAGCAUUUAGAGAGUCCCAUUAAACUCUCCAAAACCCGGUCUGGACGGCCGGAGCAUGACUCGAAGAAAUCUCGGGUUCGACGGACUUCCCACGGAUCUGACGGAUCUCUAUCCGAUUUCCCAUCACUCGUCUCAAGUCCCGAGAUCCGUGAACCCCGAACUUGUUCCUCAAAUGCAACGCCGCUUCUUCUGGAAACGCCUCCUCCUCCUCCUCAUACCCCAACAGCCUACAAGCCAUCUGACGCGGUUUCACCAAAUAGCGAUCAUACAUUGCGCGAGGACCGCCUUUUACGCCUAGACGCUCAAAAACCAUCUCCACGAGACGUCUUUGCACAUAAUCGGGCACUCAGCCUCCCGUUGCAGCGAUUUAUCAACGAGCGGUUAGAAAUGAAUUUCGAACCUGGAUCUGGUGCGGAGGAUAGCGAUGCCGCCACCCAUUUAAACCCCCGACUGGGGCAGAAAGAGUCCGCACGGCGGCGCGACAAGACUACGUCCUCCACCCCGACCAGUGAUAUGCGACGUCUUGCCGGUCAACACCUUGCAUUUACCCGGGAAGAGAGCUCCGGUCCCGAGUCCGACAGCUCACAUGGGGUGGUACCUCAAGAGAAACCCAAGACGGCCAUUUCGAAGAACUUGAGCCAUGCCACAUCCCGGAGUGACUCGCUUGGCCACAUAAAGGCCGCUCGGCUGAGGAAGCAGCUUACUGCACAUCCUAGCCUUGAAAGUAUUGGAGCAUAUAAGUCCAGAGCUUCUUUUUCCGAGGUCCCCACCACCAAUCCAAAUCUUAACAAGACUCAGUCUCGAUCCUCUACUCCAAUUAAUCGACUUCUGAGGCCGAAGGACCAGAUGGACGAGAAAAUCAACUCGAUCCUGACAACACUCCCAGCCAGUAUCCAUCUAGUUCCAGCUGAUCAAGAUGAUGACGGGAUAUCGGUCACCUCCUCCCUCCCCUUCCGACCAAGGGAAAGGUUCCGAUCAAGCUCGCCUCAGGGCACGCCAUCACGCAGCGGCACCCCUACGCCGUCUCUUACUCUUCGGCCUGCCGUCUCUCGAAGGCGGCACUCGCAUGCGCACGCCCCAGAGGAGAGCUCAGUGAAGCUCUAUCAUCUUCAUCGAGGUGGCAAGUCUGCUCCUACGAAGCUAUUUGUCCGCUCCGUGGGCGAAACUGGAGAACGUGUCAUGGUGCGAGUUGGAGGUGGCUGGGCAGAUCUGGGUGAAUAUUUACGGGAAUACGCCAUCCACCAUGGUCGUCGGCACGUAUCUGAAACCCCAAGGGUCGAAGUGGAGGGAAUUUCUUCCCGUGAAUCCCCAUCCUAUUCACCUCCGGGAGGUCGACCGCCACCGCCGUCUAGCAGCGGCCGACAUACGCCUUCCCGUCCCCGAUCCGUCAUCGGUCACCGCCCGUCGUCUUCCCUGGCCCUUCGCAAGACUCGGCGAUUCUCCAAUGUCUCGGACAUGGCAGAAUUCGGAGCAGUCAGUGCCGGUGAAGCACCGAAUGUAUCUUUUUCUCCCAUGUCUUCUUCUACAUUCGCCCGCAGGCGACUGUCGGUUUCCUCUAGCGUGUCCUUGGGCGCUAUGUCCUCUGUCAGCGAGGCUCGCUAUGGUUCUCCUUCAACCAUUGCAGGAGGUGCAUCAUCUCAUGCGAUACCUCUUGGUCUUGCGGGGCCAAACCCACGAGCCAAACAUGCCUCCAUCAGCCCAGAAAGUGAAGCCUGGGUGGAGGAUAUCCUUGGCCAAGCUCGACGAAGCUCUUCCUUGAGGCCAUUCAAAUUCGGGGUACCGCCGCAGGACAAUGAGCCUGACGCCAACACGCCCACUUUACCCAAGGUUCGGAGUAUCAGUGAUAUCGGAAAAGCUGGCUCCAGCAAGCGUGUCGCAUUGCGCGGCCUCGGUAGCCGCUAAAUCCCGCAGCACCCCUAUUCUCCUCAUCCUCCCCAUAUACGUUCGAACCCUCCUUCAUGGGCGUUGCGAUUAGUUCUUCGGCCCUUCAUAUAUAUAUUUUCUGUUUGCGAUCUACUUGAUCUACUAGCAUGGCGUCUACCGUUUCCCUGGGUUUCUUGUUUCGGAUCGGAAUGGAAAAGUGUUGGGUCCUGCUCCUUUACAUUUGCAUUAUCGGUGUUUUUCGUUUCUUCAUCCAUAUCUCCCACAUUAUCGUCUGCUUAGCGAGUUGCGUCGAUCGGGAUUGCUUUCCUCUUGCCCCGACUCGUGGUACCUUUUGACGGUCGUUGGAUUAUUCAUUUCUUCCUCAUUCUUCGUGUCUUUGAUGCGGAUCCUAUUUUUGUCGUUGUUUGUCGCAGAAAGAUACCCUCAGAUACAGGUUAGGCAGUUCCUUUUUUCCCCUUU